AUGUCCUCCAACGUCGGCCUCACAACCCCGCGCGGCAGCGGCACAUCAGGCUACGUGCAACGCAACUCCGCCCUCCUCAAACCCCGCAACACAGGCUACGGAGCUCCCUACCCGCCUGUCAGCGGUGCGAACGGCAGCGGACCAAUGGACCGACCAUUCAAGCAGCGAAUGCCGGACAAGCAGAUCCUGGAGCACGACCGCAAGCGCGCGAUCGAGGUGAAGGUGAUGGAAGAGCGGGAGCGACUGGAAGAGGAGAAUGAGCGGAUUGAAGAGGAGACGGAUAAGAAGAAGAAGGUGAAGAAGGAAGUUGGUGAGGAUGGCGAGACGGAUGACGGGAAGAAGGUUCUCAGUGACGAGGAGAUUGAUGAACGGUGUGAUGCUCUUCGGCAGCGGUUGCUGGAGGAGCUUGAGAAUGAUCUGGAGCGUGCGGAGUCGGGCUUUAAGAAGCCUUUCCCUGGGGCUGGAGCUGGAGCUGGUCGGGACAGGCGCAAUCUUAAGUCUUACCAGGUUCAUGAGCUUGCUGAGGCGAAGAUCGAGGAGACGGAGAGGCUGCGUAGGGCUUUUGGGUUGAGGGAGGAUCGGGAGACCGGGGAGAUCUCUAGUUCUCGUGAUUAUCGAGAGAAGAGGAGGGAUUAG